AUGUACGGUUUUCGGCGCCCAAGGAGCCCCAGCGGUUUCCUCCUAGACCAGAUGGACAAAAAAACAGGAGACGGCAGGUUUGUUGAGGGAGUAUGUGCUCGGGAGGCUGAAAGGUCAAACUACCAAUCAAAUGCCAUGAAACGUUGUAAAGUGGAGCAAGUUCCUGGAACAGGUGUACAACCAGAAAGGAUGCACGAACGUCCUGUGUCUGAUCAUCGGCUGCCCCAGGAACCUCCUCAGGUUGGGCAGAAUCCCAAGCCCCAGAUGAUUGUGGUGGUCUUGGAAGCAGCCAUGGUACUGAAGCUACGCCUGGGGGCUGAAGUCCUCGUACUGGAUCCAAAGAGGGCGCUGCAGUUCACACUGAAUGAUGUCCUCGUUGUGGUUGUUACCGAGUAUAUCCUCAGGUCAUCGCAGGGGCUCAGGUUUCCUACCAAGGCCCGCUGGCUGCUGCUCAACGAUCCUGAGAUCACCUGGGUGAUCGAUCUUGAAGAUGGAUCUUUGACAUUUCAGGGUGCAAAGAACAUAUGGGGCCCACAAGCAGAAGAGGCAGGAGAGGAUUCCCAAUGCCGCCAGCUCAUGAUGGGAUCCCAAGCCAAACAGGAGAAUGGGAUCAGGCUCUCUGCAGCUAAUAUCCUCUUCCUCACAGCUCGACCAAGAGCCACUAGCCCCAGAGGCAUUUCUGAGGUGCAAAAGCUUAGUCCCAGGUAUCGCCCUCUGCCUGAAGAGUUCAGCUUGAAUCUCCAUGGCCUGCAGCCCCUGCCAGGCUCUGCCCUCAGACCUCUGCCUCCCUCUCCCAGCCCAGGACCCAGAACAUGCCACAAAGUUGGGCCCCAUCCUCCUAGCAAGGCCCGAAGGCAACUUUUCUAUGUAUAG